GCCAUGUGGUGCCUGCACUGCAACUCCGAGCGGACCCAGUCCCUGCUGGAGCUGGAGCUUGACAGCGGCGUGGAGGGCGAGGGCCCCAGCAGUGAGACCGGUACAUCGCUGGACAGCCCAUCGGCCUACCACCAGGGCCCCCUGGCACCUGCUUCCAGCCUGAGCCCCGACCGCUACGAGCACACGUCGGUGGGAGCCUAUGGGCUGUACUCGGGGCUGCCAGGACAGCAGCAGCGCACACGGAGGCCCAAACUACAGCACUCGACCUCCAUCCUGCGCAAGCAGGCCGAGGAGGAGGCCAUCAAGCGCUCGCGGUCACUCUCUGAGAGCUAUGAGCUCUCCUCCGACCUGCAGGACAAGCAGGUGGAGAUGCUAGAACGCAAGUAUGGGGGCCGCCUCGUGACCCGCCAUGCGGCCCGCACCAUCCAGACGGCCUUCCGUCAGUACCAGAUGAACAAGAACUUCGAGCGCCUGCGUAGCUCCAUGUCGGAGAACCGCAUGUCGCGCCGCAUCGUUCUGUCCAACAUGAGGAUGCAGUUCUCCUUCGAGGGCCCGGAGAAGGUGCACAGCUCCUACUUCGAGGGGAAGCAGGUCUCGGUGACUGAUGAUGGCUCUCAGCUGGGGGCCCUGGUGCCACCCGAGUGUGGCGACCUUGGCGAGCCACCCACCCUCAAGUCUCCCGCCCCGUCCAGCGACUUCGCGGACGCCAUCACGGAGCUGGAGGACGCCUUCUCGCGGCAGGUGAAGUCACUGGCUGAGUCCAUCGAUGACGCCCUCAACUGCCGCAGCCUGCACGCCGAGGAGGCGCCGGCCCCCGAGGCGGGGCGGGCCCGGGACCCCGAGCCCAAGCCAGCCCUGCACGGCGUGGACCACCACAAGCUGGACGAGAUGACGGCCUCGUACAGUGACGUCACCCUGUACAUUGAUGAGGAGGAGCUGUCACCGCCCCUGCCCCUGUCGCAGGCGGCGCACCGGCCGCCCAGCACGGAGUCGGACCUGCGGCUGCGGGCCGGGGGGGCCGCGCAGGACUACUGGGCACUGGCUCACAAGGACGACAAGGGGGACACGGACACAAGCUGCCGGAGCACACCGUCGCUGGAGCGGCAGGAGCAGCGGCUGCGGGUGGAGCACCUCCCGCUGCUCACCAUUGAGCCGCCCAGUGACAGCUCCGUGGACCUCAGUGACCGCUCGGACCGUGGCUCGCUCAAGAGGCAGAGCGCCUAUGAACGCAGCCUGGGCGGGCCGCAGGGCAGUCCCAAGCACGGCCCCCUGGCCGGCCCCCCCAAGAGCCUUCCCCGGGAGGAGCCAGAGCUGCGGCCCCGGGCCCCCCGGCCUCUGGACAGCCACCUGGCCAUCAAUGGCUCGGCCAACAGGCAGAGCAAGUCGGAGUCCGACUACUCGGAUGGGGACAACGACAGCAUCAACAGCACAUCCAACUCCAACGACACCAUCAACUGCAGCUCCGAGUCGUCGUCCCGCGACAGCCUGCGGGAGCAGACACUCAGCAAGCAGACCUACCACAAGGAGACCCGCAACAGCUGGGACUCACCCGCCUUCAGCAACGAUGUCAUCCGCAAGAGGCACUACCGCAUUGGCCUCAAUCUCUUCAACAAGAAGCCUGAGAAGGGCGUCCAGUACCUCAUCGAGCGUGGCUUUGUGCCUGACACGCCAGUGGGGGUAGCCCACUUCCUGCUGCAGCGCAAGGGCCUCAGCAGGCAGAUGAUCGGCGAGUUCCUGGGCAACCGACAGAAACAGUUCAACCGAGACGUGCUCGACUGUGUGGUGGAUGAGAUGGAUUUCUCCGCCAUGGAAUUAGAUGAAGCCCUCAGGAAGUUCCAGGCACACAUCCGGGUCCAAGGGGAGGCUCAGAAGGUGGAGCGGCUCAUCGAGGCAUUCAGCCAGCGGUACUGCAUCUGCAACCCCGGGGUGGUUCGGCAGUUCCGGAACCCAGACACCAUUUUCAUCCUGGCGUUCGCCAUCAUCCUGCUCAACACAGACAUGUACAGCCCCAAUGUCAAACCUGAGCGGAAGAUGAAGCUGGAGGACUUCGUCAAGAACCUGCGAGGUGUGGACGAUGGUGAGGACAUUCCCCGGGAGAUGCUGAUCGGGAUCUAUGAGCGCAUUCGCAAGCGAGAGCUGAAGACCAAUGAGGACCACGUGUCCCAGGUGCAGAAGGUGGAGAAGCUCAUCGUGGGGAAGAAGCCGAUUGGAUCCUUGCAUCACGGGCUUGGCUGUGUGCUCUCUCUGCCCCACCGGAGGCUGGUCUGCUACUGCCGGCUUUUUGAGGUUCCAGACCCAAAUAAGCCCCAGAAACUUGGACUGCACCAGCGAGAAAUCUUCCUGUUUAAUGACCUCCUGGUGGUUACCAAGAUCUUCCAGAAAAAGAAGAACUCCGUGACCUACAGCUUCCGACAGUCCUUCUCCCUGUAUGGCAUGCAGGUCCUGCUCUUCGAGAACCAGUACUACCCCAAUGGCAUCCGGCUCACAUCUGCUGUCCCCGGAGCAGACAUCAAAGUGUUAAUAAACUUUAAUGCUCCCAAUCCUCAAGACCGGAAGAAGUUCACCGAUGACCUGCGGGAGUCCAUUGCGGAAGUGCAGGAGAUGGAGAAGCACAGGAUAGAGUCGGAGCUCGAGAAGCAGAAGGGCGUCGUGCGGCCCAGCAUGUCCCAGUGCUCCAGCCUCAAAAAGGAGUCGGGCAAUGGGACGCUGAGCCGGGCCUGCCUAGACGACAGCUACGCGGGCGGGGAGGGCCUCAAGCGCAGCGCCCUCAGCAGCUCCCUGAGGGACCUCUCGGAAGCGGGGAAGCGAGGGCGUCGCAGCAGUGCGGGAUCGCUAGAGAGCAAUGUGGAAGGGUCCAUCAUUAGCAGUCCUCACAUGCGCCGGAGAGCUACAUCAACACGAGAGUGUCCAUCUCGCCCACACCAGACUAUGCCUAAUUCAUCCUCCCUCCUGGGCUCCUUAUUUGGGAGUAAGAGAGGGAAGCCCCCUCCCCAGGCCCACCCGUCCUCAGCCCCUCCCCCCCCGCCCCCCCCCCCACCGGGCCUGCCCCACCCACAGCACUCUGUGGCCAGCCAUCACCAGGGGCCUGUCGAGGGCCCGCCGCAAGCCCCGGUGCAUGGGCACCACGCCCAGUACUGCCACAUGCAGCAGAACCCGCCCCCCUACCACCACCACCACCACUACCACCCCCCCCAGCACAUCCAGCAUGCACACCAGUACCACCACGGCCCCCACGGGGGGCACCCGCCCUACGGGGCCCAUGUGCACAGCCACCCACCGCUGCCCUCGGCCCAUGCCGGCCACCCGGGCCACCCGGGCCACCCGGGCCACGCAGCGCACCACCACGGGCAGCCCCCCGCCCCGCCGCCCCCCACCAGCAGCAAGGCCAAACCCAGCGGCAUCAGCACAAUUGUGUAGACAGCCUGGGCAGGGUCCCAGACUCCCUGGAACAACUGCACACCACAUAGAGUCAUGCCCAGGGGCGGCCAGCCUCAGACCAGACCCAGGGCACUUGUGUUUCCACCUCCCCCUCUGCUCCCCAUGGCCUGGAUGGAGCCCCCUGAGCCCACGGGGCUUACGUUGUAGGGCACAAAGCUCCCGAUCGCACUUAGCGCGGGUGUCCCGGGUUCCAUCCACUUCGACCCCAGGGGUGGGCCUCGGCCACCAUCAGCCUUGAAAACGGUGCCACCGGCCACGUAGCUGUUGAACUGCCCCCCCACCCCAAAGCAGCCCUCAGCUCUGCUCCCUAACUGUACACGCAUAUGAAAACCCAGCCUAGGAAAAGAAGAAAUGAGACACAAAACCAGAGACAGAAC